AUGGCAUCGAAGUUUGAAUCCUCCAUUCAGAGGGGCUGUGAUUUCAUCCAUGAUUUCGCCUGUUCCGCUUGCGAAGAAGAUGGACUGAACACGGAAGCUCAACAUUUCUGUAAUCAGUGCACGAAAUAUUACUGCGACAUUUGUGUUACAAAACAUUAUGGCUUAUACAAGAGACACACGGUACUCGACCGGAAGGACGUGAAGAAAUGGGCAGCAGCACCUGGGAUGGUGGACAUCCUUGAGAGAUGCGGGAGGCACCCCGGGGAGGCGCUCAAGAUGGUAUGUGGUGACCAUGACCAGCUGUGUUGCCAUGUGUGCGUUUCAAUUGAUCAUAGACAAUGUUCAUCAAUACAGCACAUUCCAGACGUUGCAAAGGGCAUCCGCAAAGAUCCCGAGUUUCGUCAACUACCUCAAAGGGUAGCUGAACUUAGGAAGCAGAUAGAAAAUAUAAAAAACGACAGAAAGAAAAAUAGUUCCUCACUGAGGAAGACUCGAACAGCCAUUGUUGAUGAAAUCAAAGCAAUCCGUAAAAAGAUCAACGACAUUCUUGACAAGAUGGAGAAAACAACCGUUCAAGAAUUAGACCGUCUGGUUGCUGAUCAGGAACUGUCCAUUAAGAAAGAUACGGAAUCAUGGACACAAAUGCACGAUGAAUUAAAGAACAUCAUAGAUGACAUACAAAGCAAAGACUCAUCAGGCGAACCACCCCUAUAUAUUGGGUUCAGAAAAUGUGAAGAAAAAAUCAAACAAGCCAACGAAAUACUGCAAAACAUGUCAAAUGUUGUCAAAUACGAUAUAACUUUUCGUAAACAUAAUGGAAUAGAAGAUAAUUUGUCUUUGAUGAAGACAUUUGGAGAGUUAAAUGAAUCGAAUGUUUUUGGUGCACAACCACGUUCAUCGCUAUUCCACCGAGAUCAUGUAUUCGGUACCAAAGGUCACAAGGAGUACAACGUGAAGAUGAGUUCAGACAAAGAUAAAUGUCGUAUUGAAGGGAUAUGUGGACUGCCUGGCGGAGAGGUUGUUAUUACAGACAGCAACAGCAAUAAAGUGAAACUCCUGGACCAGGAGUACAGGGUUGUCGACCACUGUGAUGUUCCCGAGUAUCCAUUUGACGUGUGCCACAUUGGCGGAAAUGAGGUUGCCGUUUGUGUUAGCAACAACAAAUACGAUAGACAUGAACUCCAUUUCAUUAACAUUACAAAAGGAAAACUUGUGACUACGAGAAAAUUAAGUUUCACCCAUAGAUGUAACAGCGCAUCUCAUCUCGGGAACAACCUUUACAUUUCAUCACGCACCGCGCUUUACGUCUAUACGAUGACGGGACAACUUGUAAAGAAGCUGUACGAGGACAAGUCCGGUGAUGACACGGUGUCGAAAAUUGCCAUCAGUAACGACGGGAAGACUAUCUACAUCACAAACUGCUCAAACAGUCAACUUAUCACCCUGGACAACCUCGGCAACAAGCUGGCCACAUACACUGACUUGUUGGGAUCUCACGGGGUACACGUGACAACUGCUGGGCACGUGUUCGUCUGCUGCAUUUACUCCUGCACAGUGCUGCAGGUUGACAAGGACGGGAAGACGACGUUGGCCACACUGGCAAGGAAACAAGACGGAGUGUACGGACCUAAAGCUUUGUUCUUCAGCAGCCGUACUUCCUCUCUGGUUGUCGGCGGACUGAAAGACACGCUCCUCGUUCUUAAUGUACGAUAA